CUUUGUGUGCAUAUUGCUGGACGACAAUUGGACUUGACAAACCGCCUGUAGAGCCACAGAACAUAUUUGGGUUGGUCGCACGAAACAAGACAUUUGAAGAAGUCACCUUAUGUCACGGAUACGCCAGGCUCCACAAUCCACUAAUCACCCACACCUGCUCCAAAUCACACUCAUGCUCCCCAUUAGCUCACAAUCACAGCCUGUAUAAAAGCCCUGCACUUCAGUCUGGGUCCGACCUCGUUUGCGACCAGGACUCUCCAUGCCACUUGGCAUAACACCUCGAUCUCCCGUCUCCAGCGAUCUUCUCCCGUCUCCAGCGAUCUUCUCCCGUCUCCAGCGAUCUUCUCUCGUCUCCAGCGAUCUUCUCUCGUCUCCAGCGAUGAUCUCCCAUCUCCAGCGAUCUUCAGUCUCCCUCAAUCUCCUGUCUCCAGUGAAUCUUCCCUCCUACGGACUUCCCUAACUAUAAACUAAUACUCUCGGGCUGUCAUCUAAAUAAAAGAACAUUCUGUGUCCAUCUCGGUGUCCCCUGCCUGUCUGUUCAGUAACAGAAGGUCGGACCUGCCGAAAGGAUGACAGCCCUGAGCCCCGAUGACCCCUUCCCGGAUCUGGAAGAUAACGUCAAAAGAUAUUUCCUCGCAAUCCUUCACCACCUCUGGCUACUAGCGUGAUGACCCAACCAGGGACCUUCUCUGGCGCGGCAGAAGACUGCGAGGAAUUUUUGGUGCGGAGUUGCCUGGUCUUCUGGAUGUAUCCACACCAGUUUCCCACCAAGAUAUCCAAAGUAGCCUUCUUAGUUUAACUUAACUGGGCAGGAUCCUUAUGGUUACGAGAUGAGGCUAUCAUCCACUCGUUUGGCAAGUUCACAACACUCCUCUGGAAGGAGUUUGGCCCCCCAGUCGUUAAUUCAGCAGCCAGUCCUCAGCCUGCACCUCUACCGACCAAUAUUCAGGCUAUCAACCCACUACUUGCCUGCACCGAAGCUCCGCCGCCCAGCUGCUCGCCAGCGCCACCGCCCAGCUGCUCGCCGGUCUCCCAGCUACUCUCCUUCUCCGCUUCCCCGCUGCUCGCCUGCUGCACUGCCCUCUCCAGUUUCAGCGCCGCAGAUGUCCCCAGUUCCAACGCCGCGGCUGUCCCAAGCUCCAGCACCAUCACUCCCUGCUGGAUCGCAGUAGCCAUCACUCCCUACCAGAUUGCCACAGCUCCCCGAUCCCAAACUCUCUGCCAGACCACAGCCGCUCCUUGCUCCCAGCCUCCCUGCUGGAUUGCAGUCGCCUCCUUCCCCGGCUGGAUCGCAGCCGUCCCCUCCUCCGGAAUGGCGGGUUCCGGACUCCCAGACAUCACUGGUCUGGCCCGCUCCACUGCCGGUCAUCCCGUCGCCGGCUCCUGGUCCUGCGGCCCCGACCCCGGCUCCCUAUCCUGCAGUCCCGUCGCCGGUUCCUGCUGUUGCGUCACCAGCUCCCUGUCCUGCAGUCCCAUCGCCGGCCCUUGAUCUGGUUCACAGGCCUCCAGAUGGCUCCCGCCUUCGUCGCAGGCCUCCAGAGGGUCCCCGCCAUCGCCAAAGGCUUCCAGGGCCUUCCCCCUUCAUUCCCCCAGGGUCCCAGCCUUCGUCUUAGCUGCCGGUCUCCUGUGACACUCCAUCUGUACCACCGGGAUUCCACCAGGCCCCCCGAUGGGGUUGAACCUUAUCACAGACCACAUGAGAUCAGCUCCGAACCUGUCAAGACCCGGGCCAUCCGCCCGGGGUCCCCUGCUCCGCACCUGUCCAGUCCACGGGCUGUUCCGCCCGUGUUCCCCAGCUCCUCGCCAGGCCAGUCCCCGGGUCAUUCACCUGGGGUCUUCAGCUCCGCGCCAGUCCAGUCCCCGGGUCGUCCACCUGGGUUCCUCAGCUCCACCCUGUUUCUGCUACUAGGUCGUCCAUCCGAGAUCCUCCGUAACACCCAGGACCAGGUACCUGGUCGGCCGUCCGAGGCUCCCUGCUCCACACCUGCCCAGGCUCCGGGUCGUCCGCCCGAGGCUCCCAACUCCACACCUGUCCCGGCUCUGGGUCGUCCGCCCGAGGCUCCCAACUCCACACAUGUCCCAGCUCCGAGUCGUCCACCCAAAGUUCCCAGCUCCGCACAUGCCCAAACCCCAGCUGUCCAACUGGAUUAACCCGCUCCCGGUGGUGGAGGAGGACCACCACGUCAGUGGUGCGACAUGUUUUCAGAUAGAUACAGCUGUGUCUUAAGGUAAUCACCAUCCAAAUUAAGCAAAGACUGGUUUGCCG